UUCUUCGAUACCUACCAUAUAGUACCGAUGCGCGCCGCCCGCCGUUGUCUCGCGGAGGCCUCGCGGCAGACGCUCAACGCGCAGCACGUCGCCGCCGCGCUCCUCCCGCCUAAACCACUACUCCGCGCUUUGCUCCGCGCCCACCGCGGACUCGCGGCGGACCUGCGGUACAUGGGCGACCGCUACGUCAAGGACGAGUUCCGGCGGCAUCGCGAGACGACGAAUCCGGUCCACGUGAUGGGCUUCCUCGCGCAGUGGAAGAUGUACCUCGACGCGCUCCCCCGCGGGCCAGGCGCGCAAGAGUGGCGCGGGCGGAAACUAGACGCGACGGCGUUUGAGAAGAUGUCGACGGAGCAGCUCGGCCAGCUGCAUGAGCUGAUGCAUGCCGCGAAGGGCGUGUGGAGGGAUGUGCCGCCCGGGGAAGAUCGGGCUUAG